GAAAUCCAAGUCACAGGAUUUCAUUUUCCCAUUUGCAACCAAGAAAAAGACGAACAAAACAAGAAAGAUCAGGGCCACUUUACUUUGCUUUCACUUUUGAGUUCAUUCGGACGGUGAAGAUGGCCUCAAUACCAACCCCGGGCGUCAUAUCCCCACCGUUGGGUUUCAGAUCCGUCGCUUUGUUUCCCAUGGCAGUAGUGCGGACGCAUGAGAAGAAGAAGGGAGGACUGUCGGUGAAAGCGAUGGCAGUGGCGAAGUUCAAAGGAACGCAGAGGAGAGAGAAGCAACUGACGGAGAUGAUCGAGAAGAAGGUGACGGAAGCGAAGGAGGUGUGCGAGGGGGACGCGACCUCCGACGAGUGCAGGGUGGCUUGGGACGAGGUGGAAGAGGUGAGCCAGGCCAAAGCCGAUCUCAGGCUCAAGAUGCAGAAACAAGAUCCUCUCGAGUCCUUUUGCGAGGAGAAUCCUGAGACCGACGAGUGCCGAAUAUAUGAAGACUGACUCGUAAACUUGUACCAUCCACCGUCGUCGAUCCAUGGCAGAUGAUGAUCUUGUUAAGCUGCUUUUAUGAUUAUUUACGCUGUCGUUUUGUGUAUAUUCUCACUAUUAGGCUGCUGGGGAUGAGUCUAGAACCAUGUGAGUAUGAGAUCGCUGAAUAAUUUGUUGAAAUGUAUGUAACUCUUUAUGUAUAAUAAAGAAUUCGUCUUUUUCUUUU